AUGUCCACACAAACAAACGAGGCGAAUGUAGCGAAAAGACUUCAACGAGAGUACAACCACUUCUUUAAAAAUGCACCAAAUGAUAUUUCUAUUCACUUGGUGGAGUCCUCGGUUUUUGAGUGUCACUUCAGUUUCAAAGGUUCGCCUGACACCGAAUUUGCAGAGGGGAUUUAUCACGGAAAGUUCAUCUUUCCGUACGACUAUCCGAAAAACCCACCAGAGGUCUAUUUUCUUACUCCGAGUGGACGAUUUGUUGUCAAUCAGAAAAUAUGUCUGUCGAUGACAUCAUUCCACCCAGAGACUUGGACACCAACAUGGACUAUUUCCUCAAUGUUGGAAGCAAUUCGAGCGUUCAUGUCUACACCCGCUUCUGGUGCUGUUGGAGCUAUUGACGCACCAAUCGAAGUCAGAAAACAACACGCAAAAAACAGUUUAAUGUUUGAGUGCCCUGUGUGUGGGGCUAAGCACUCUGAGCUCAAACUAAUAUACGCAGCUGCAAAAAAAUGCGAAGAUGACAAGAAAGGGGCGAAAGAAAAAGAAGAAAGUCCCAGUCAAGACGCCACUAAAGAACAAAUGAAACAAGUUGAACUUAACACUCCAAGUUCUUUAGAAAUUUCUCCGGCUAUUUUCAUUGACGAACCACUCAAAGAAAAAACACCAGAAACUCUCGAAGGUGCAAAAGUCGUCAGCCCACACGUAGAAACACAACAGAAAAGUGAUCGAAUUGAAUUGGACACUGUUCCAAAACCAACUUCAAAUACAUUCAAACUAACUGAUUCUAUCAGUGGUGAUUUCGGUAAAGAAAUUUCAAAUGAAAAAGAAGCCAAUCUACACAUCGAAUCUCUUAAAGAAGAAACUCUAAACCUCUUGGAGGGUGUAAAGAAGGAAAACGACAAAACUCAAACUUUGGAAGCGACAAUAAGUCCACGUCCCGUGUUUAAAUCUCAAAUUGACGACACUGUAAAUGAUGACCAAACAACGCCAAGGGAAAAGGAAGGAGACAGUGAUUCGAUAGAGAGUGAGGAGCAUGACAGUUCUGAGCCAAAGGAAAGUGAUGACUUUGAAGACCCAAUGCUGUUGUUGAAGAAGAGACAAGAAGAGGAGCGCCUCAAGAUGCAACGUAUAAUAGAAAACUCGGAAAAGGUUGAAACAGAGGAGAACGAAGACGAAAAGAAACAAAUCGUCGAUGAAACAGUCAACAUCUUAUUUGCACUCUCUGCAUUCCUUAUUGUUUUGGUCAUAUUGAAUUACGUCAAAGUGCAGGUCAUUGUAAAUUUGAUGAACUAA